AUGGAGGUGGAGCAGGGGCGGAUGUGUGUUUCUGCCCAGAGGAUAAAGGCGAGGACAAAACCAAAUAAAACUGUGCUACAUAGACCCAAGUCCGCAUCCUUUGCCCUCCUUCGAUCGCCCAGGACCGCCCUCCACCGCACCCCUCAUUCUCUCCCUUCCCCCAAAAAAGUAAAAUCUAGCUUCGGCGUUCGAGCAAACCGACCGACCGACCCAGCCAGGCCAUUGGCGAGCAAGCACAGUCAACUCUUUCCUCUCUCCUCACUUCGCUCGUCUUCAGGAACUCGCCUUCGCAAGGACUGCGGCUCGAGUCAAUUUCCAGGCGCUUGUGGUACCCGCCGACCAAUUUCCGCGAACCACAUCUUCAAGCUUCAACUGCGUUUCUCAGCACUUCUAGCAUUUCUCAAUAUCACUCAAGAUGGCGGAUGCGUUUUUGUCCUCCGUCAGCAGGGAGCUAACCGAAGACCGAGCACUCGCUCUCUCCACCAAGCGUCGUUGGGCUCGAGUCUGAGUAUAGCAUCGUAA